AUGUCGCGGGGUCACAGCUCCUUCGAGCGAGUCUUUCCUCGGUCGGGCACGGAAAGCGGCCCAGUUCAACCGUCAGGAGAUGCUCCGUCGGUGCAUGAGCUUUUCGCCAUGGCCCUGAGAGAAGAGCUGCCUCUGCCACAGUUGGCGGAAGCUUUGAGCCGGCUUCACGGUGCCAGAUGCUCAGAAGGAGCCGGCUGUGCGAGGCACGUGUCUUGCGCUGCAGUUUUCGAAGCUCUGCUCCUGGCCCACGGCCCGUUCUAUCACUGUAGCUCCAAGCCGUAUGCGAAGGCCGCCAAGGAAAUGCGGGAGUGGCUUCAGCGUCUGCAGCUGCAGCUGGGCGGCGCUUUCACCUGGGCCACCGAGGAGACCGAGGAUGGCUUCACGAUCAAUGGUGAGCGCUAUCAAAUUGAAGGCCUUCUAGGAGAAGGCAGCUUCGGAUCUGUCUACAGAUGCCUUUUGGAUGGGCAAGGUGUGGCAGUCAAAGUCCUCAGCACAGAGCGGAUUGCGGUGAUGACCAACUGUCCGCAGCACGUCGUUUUAAGGCGCAUGCUGCAAGAAGCUGAAAUUCUGGGUUGUCUCGGCGGCCAUCCGAACAUCGUCCAGCUGCGGGUUGCUGCCGUGUCGCAGCAGACGCUGCGAAUUUACCUUGUUAUGCAGCUGCUUGAGUGUGGCGAUCUUUUUUCGGAAAUGCUGCGUCGUCGUCGGCAGCCUUUCUCGGAGCGGGAUGCUCGAGAGGCGCUGACACAGGUGACAAUGGCCGUCGUGCAUUGCCACCGCCGAGGGGUUGCACAUCGUGACAUCAAGCUCGAGAACCUCAUGGUCGCCGGUCGUCGACCACUCGUGGUGAAGCUCAUUGAUUUUGGUCAGGCAGUCAUGCAUCAUGAUCAAUCUCAGCAAAGAAUGCAAAGCGUCGCCAAAACAUUGACAACCACAUCGGCCUACACCCCACCAGAGGUCCAGAAAGCCACGGAGGACCACGAAUCCUAUGAUCCGUUCAAGUUGGAUUCGUUCGCUGUGGGAGUAGUGAUGUACGCUCUCCUGCUCAAUGCGCUUCCAAAGACCAGCAGGGGUUUCGAUUAUGAGAAACACCCGAAGUUUCCGUUGUUGUCAGUGAACGCACAAGAUCUUAUCAAGCAGCUUAUGGAGCCUGAUCCGCAGCGACGGAUCUCGGUGGCCGACGCCCUCCAGCAUCCGUGGCUGUUGUCUAGAGGCGAUACCAACACUUCGAGGACCUCUUCGAGAACACACACUCCACUUGUCAUGGAGAGCGAGAUGCAAGUUUUGCUCGCAGCGCAAGAGCUGAACAAGGCUUUGCAGCGCGAGCGCGGAUCAAGCUGCUGGCUGUUGAGUGGAAGUGAAGAAGCCGAGAAUGUUUGCCGCUGGUUCUGCAAGUCAACUGACGAAUGUUACAUCAAGCUGCAGGAAGGCGUGGCUUGCACCCAGCUGGAUGAACAGAGGCUGGAAAUCAACAGGAGGAUAUCUCAAAUGUCGGAUAUGACGCAGCGCUUGCGGCUUGAGUGUCGUAACCUGAGGUUUGUUCCCAAGACGAACCGCGAAGACAACUUCGAUGUUGUGUUUGGUGGCUACUGCACGCUGAACGAAGACAUCAUCAGUCUGAUUGGUCUAUUGUUGACUGCCUUGAAAGGUCCCGACACGCAGGUCAUGAUGAUAGAGCUGAAAUUGAGGAUGCUUCUCCACGUAGCUGAGCAGCUGGGCCGGGAACGAGGUUUCAUCUCCUUCCAGAUAGGACGUCCCGACGCACUUCAGUCCGUGCGAGCCCAACUUCGUUUCGCGAAGAUUCAGGGUGUCAGGCAGUACUUGGUCGGGAGCUCCGCGCCACACAUGCAGCCGGAGGUCGUCUCGUGCUCGGAAGGGCUGCUGCCCAGCCUCAGGCUGGCCGACGAGCCCAUUCUCACCACCGAGGAGCUCCAGUCCUUGGAAGCAGCUGAGAACUCAGUGAUGCAGGGCCACAACAACACGUCAGAGUGGUUCGCCUUCCUUACUGGCAUGAUCGACAAGGUCCACCAGCACGUUGGCUUGGUCAUCGGCGCCUUUAUUCAAGAGAUCUCCAGCAAAACUCCGGUGAUGGAGAUGGAUGCGAUAACUUCCGCGGCUUCAAUGUCUGAACUGUCCGCGACAUCAACGCCAACGGUUCCGCCAGUGGGUGUCCGUGGUUUAUCCAAAGACACCUCUGUAUUCGGAGGAUCUCGCGACCGCAGCAAGGACACUGCACUGGGCGAUAUCGCGAAGAGACAGCUGACGCCAAACACGCCUCAAGAUUUUCAGAAGGUGUUCCCUCUGAGCUCUCCUUUCUUUAUGCAGGGCAGUCCGCCAGAGCUGGGCUCUGUGUCGAGUGGACAUAGUCACCAUAGUCUACCUCUGGAGCCUCGGCAGCGUACACCACAGCACCUUCCCGGCAGCACGCUGCUGCCGCAGUUUACACCUACGGCAGCACCCAUGGCUGGCUUCGACGCCUCGGAGUACGGCUACCUCGCGCAUGUGCAGGCGGCAGCGGCAGCCCAGGACACUGCAAAGCGCAUCCAGGACAAUUUUAGCGCGGAGCUCCUGGAGCAACUGGCUCGUGUGGGGCCGAUGAACCCGGACCAGCAUCUUGCCCCACGUGUUCCUUUGUUUUUGAGCACUCCGGAACGGACGCCAAUCCACCCGGGUCUUUCAGUUUCAGGUGCUGAUCCAGGACUGCUGGCAGCACAUCUGGCGCAGACGAGUGUGGCACAACAGCAGGUGCUGCAAACAGUGUGUCCACCUGUGCCAGUGCUGGAUACGCCCCAGCUGCCGGAGGGCAGGAACGUCGUCAUCUCGAAGGGUACCAUCGGCCAUCCACACAGCUGCCGCGGCUUGGGGUGCAAGUUUGCAUCCAAAGAACGAGGUUGCCGGGAAGGAGCUGAUUGUCUGCGUUGCCACCUUUGUAUCUGGAGCCGAGCUUCGGAAAAGGCCGCAACUGACCAAGAGAAAGCAGCUCAACUCGCAUGA